CCACAAGCCGACGUGUAAAGGCUUUCUGUGACCCCGGGGAACCUGUUGGUCUUCUUGCGGCACAGGCCGCCGGAGAGCCGUCUACGCAAAUGACACUUAACACAUUCCACAGUGCCGGUUCCACGGUGACCCACGUGACGGAAGGUAUCCCACGUCUCCGUGAGCUGCUUAUUCACGCCUCUGUUCAGAAAGCUGCAGUUAUUGUGCCCGUGGAGAAGGCGACGCCGGUGGAUGAAUCAGCCAUUGCACGCAUACUACAUGCGGGUGUGGCGAUACGGCUGCGGGAUUGUCUUGCGCGGGGCGGGACAAGUGGAAAAGGAUAUCAUUACCACGUGGCACGACGUAAGGAUGCGUCUGUGUUGACAAUUGCUUUGCUCUUUUCACAGUCGUACCUGGAUGAUAGCCGGGCGCGUAUGUGCAUGUCGCCGAGUGAACACCUUGAAUGCUUUACGGAUGCAUUGCGGCAAUUUGGAAAGCGCAUUAUUAAAGCGCUACGUGGUCGCACGCGGGAAGAAAGAAAUGUAGGUGAUGCCGCAGCGUUGAUCCUUAAUCAGCAUGACCUAAUGGACGCUACUAAUACUACUGCUGCUGCUGCUGCGGAUGGCGAUGAUUACGACGACAGCGACCGCGGCUCUGGUGUCGACAAGGACGAUGCUCUCAGUGAUGGCGGCAGCGAGGACAGUAACAGUGCAACCGUUGGUGGUGUGUCACCCGCCCUCCGCAGCCAACGCAGUGUCAACGAUGUGCCAGACGCAUCCGAGGAUGACAAUGAAGAUGAGGACGACGAUAAUGCGGAAGAAGAAGAAGAGGAGGGAGAGAAGGCUGCGCGAUUGUUACGUGGCCAAAAUGGCCGGAGGCAUAGUGAAAAUGAGGACGAGGACGACCAAUGUGACGACGAGAAUAAGGGUGACAGUAUAAAAGGGACUGUAGCCCCGCAGGAGGCGGUCAGCUACGAUGGAUUUGCACCCCUGCAUGCUACAUCCGGUAGCAAAGAGUUUAUCCUUGAUGUGGCUCCGUUGAGUAAACCUGCCGCUGAGCGUGAUGGUGUCACCGCUCUUCCCGACGGCUUUUUUUUUGUGAAUGUUGUUGUGCGCAUGCCUCCGGCUAUCAUUGCCGUCAUACCCGACGUCGUGGACGGUGCGCUGGAGCAGCAAACGCUGCCUUCGUGGCUGCCACAGUUCGAUUCUGUGAACUUCACACGAAAUGCCGAUGACGCGACGAGUGGCGAACUUCUUUUUCAGGGCGCCAACGCGACGAUGCGUCAUGUCUUGUCGUUUCUUUCUCUUUUUACUUUGGGGACGCGGGCAGGAUUA